CCCACACCUGCUGUCCCCUACUAGUAUUCCACAUCGACAUGCACACAAGUGUGCUUAGCUGUCUGUUUCUUUUCGGCUGGCUGACUCCUGUGGCACCCAGCUCAUGCAUCGAGGACAAGCCGUACCACGUCUCGGGUGCCAACUACUGGCAGGCAAUGAAUCUUGGCAUGGCCUCUGGACAAAGCAGCAACCGCCUGCGUGUGCACCAGGACCUCAGGGAAUUGCAACGCCAGGGCAUCAACAUGGUGCGCAUCAUGGCGUCCAGCGAGGGCUCACAGUUUGGCACCCAGCCUGACCGCAUGUAUCCGGCUCUGAUGGUUGCGCCUGGCGAGUAUGACGAGGAUGUGUUCCAGGGCCUUGACUGGUUCAUGGCGCAGCUGCCAAAGUACAAGAUGAAGGCCAUCGUAACCCUGUCCAACUACUGGACUUGGAGCGGCGGUGCUGCGCAAUACGUCAGCUGGGCGACCAAUACCACGAUUCCAUACCCGGAGCAGUGGGACCACCUCCUGCAGCAGAACGAUUUUCUAAAGUACACCAACCAGUUUUACCAGAACGAGUCGAUCAUCGAUGUCACCCAGAAGUGGUACAGAAACCAUGUCAAGGCGCUCAUGAACGAGCCCCAGAUCACCGAUUCCGAGGACUCGCUGUUCAAGUGGAUCGACGAGUCAGCAAAGUACAUCAGCUCGCUGGCGCCUCGUCACCUGGUGUCGAAUGGUGCUGAGUCCAAAAAUGGCCAGCAGUGGUUUAACAUCAUGCACAAGUCGCCGUAUAUUACCCUGGCAUCGUGCCACUUUUGGCCGCUGAACUGGGGCUACUACAACCGUACCGACCCAACUGAGGCCAGCAUCGACUAUUCGAUUCACAAACUGAACGAGUUCAUUAGCAACUUGGCCGACUGGGCUGCUGCGCUGAACAAGCCGGUAGGUUUGUUCGAGUACGGCAUGAUGCACGACAACUGGGGCGAGUGGGCCGGGCUCAAGGGAUACAGCCCGGACGCGCCUUUCACCCACCGCAACAAGUUCUACCAAGCUGUUGCCGACAAAGUCUCUGCCCGUGUUGCAGACAAGCAAUUCGUUGGCGCGGCAUUCUGGGCAUAUGCGGGCAUGGCUCGUCCGCCGACGAAGCCUACGACCGAGAUCAGCUGGGUUGGCGACCCACCACACGAGCCGCCUGGAUGGUACAGCAUCUACGACAAGGAUGUCGAGACCCUUGCCAUCCUCCGCGAGUUCUCCAAAAAGAUUGGCGCAAAGUAACAUUUUUAGUUGGAUAUACCAGGCUACUCGAAAUACACGUCUAA